AGUUCAAAUUCCGGACGAACAAAUCUAAAACAGACUCAAACUUUGAGUGUUGCACAAGAUUUUGAGCACUUCAUUGACAAAUACACCUGAGAGGAAACGUGUUAUAGAGGCUGCAGCCUUAUAAGACAAUUCAUCAGCUUCUGUGAACAGACAAACAACCUAAGCAUGAAGGGCAUGAUGAGUAUAUAUUAUCAAGUAUAGAGUACAAAUCUCCCUUCUAAAAAUAGCAGGCAAAACGUCAAUAGAAAAACAAUUUUAUCCCGGGAUUUCUGUAGAAGAUUAGAGACUGUUUAGCACACAAGAUUACACAUUACAAUAAACAUGAUUCUAGCUUUUUUGUUCUUUGAUACUGCCCACUGUCUAUAAGAACACACUCAAGUUAUUCUUGAUCAAAUAGAAAAGCCAAUGAUAUGUGCAUCCUGCGAUAAGCUUGUUCACUUUUCUGUUGAAAAACUGAACUCUGAUAUCGAAAAGAUGGGGAUUUGGAGGGUGAUUUUGGCUUCUGUUUUGUUGAUUUUGAUCUUUAGACUUGCAGAGGGCAUGGAGUUCACGGAGAAGGAUUUGGCUUCAGAUGAAAGCCUGUCGGAUUUGUACGAUAGGUGGAGGAGUCACCACACAGUUUCUCGGGAUGUAACUGAGAAAAAAAGGCGUUUCAAUGUGUUCAAGGAGAACGUGCUGCACAUACACAAGGUGAACCAGAUGGACAGGCCUUACAAGUUGAAACUCAAUAAGUUUGCUGAUAUGACCAGCCACGAAUUCAGAAACUUUUACAGUUCUAAGAUCAAACAUCAUAGAAUGCUCCAUGGUAGUCGAGCCAGAACCGGAUUCAUACAUGGAAAAACUGUAAAUCUGCCUGCUUCUGUUGAUUGGAGAAAGCAAGGCGCCGUCACUGGUGUUAAGGAUCAAGGCAGAUGUGGUAGUUGCUGGGCAUUUUCAGCUGUUGUUGGAGUUGAAGGGAUCAACAAAAUUAAAACUGGUCAGUUAGUCUCUUUAUCGGAGCAAGAGCUAGUUGAUUGUGAAAAGGAUAAUGAAGGCUGCAACGGAGGACUAAUGGAACACUCGUUUGAGUUUAUCAAGAAACAGGGUGGCUUAACGACUGAAAGAAUAUAUCCAUACAGAGCCAGAGAAGGGAACUGUGAUUCAAACAAGAUGAAUUCUCCAGCUGUCAUGAUUGAUGGGUAUGAAAUGGUACCUGCGAAUGAUGAAAAUGCCUUGAUGAAAGCCGUUGCAAAUCAGCCUGUUUCUGUUGCAAUUGAUGCUGGUGGUUCUGACAUGCAAUUCUACUCUGAGGGAGUGUAUAAUGGAUAUUGCGGGAUGGAGCUAGACCAUGGGGUGGCAGCUGUGGGCUAUGGAACGACUCUUGAUGGUACGAAAUAUUGGAUAGUGAAGAAUUCAUGGGGACCCGACUGGGGAGAACAGGGCUACAUUAGGAUGCAACGUGAUGUCGAUGCAUCAGAAGGGCUAUGUGGCAUAGCUAUGGAGGCCUCGUACCCCACCAAGUUAUCGGCUGAUAAUCCAACACCACGCAAGGAUGAACUCUAGAUUUACAGCAUCGUCAAAAGUAAUAUUUCUCCUAGUUAUGUUUUGCAAUCCGAGCAGACAAAAUAAAUUCUCUGUGUAUGCUACAUAUUACUACUAGAGUUUUUCUUGGGAGUUUGAAUGAAUAAAAAUGAUCUUUGUUAUUGUGUAGUAUAACAUAGCAAAUAUACAUUUCACGUUUUUGGCA